AUGCCUUCCCCCGCGACUUCCCUUCCCUCUCGGAAUGGCAAGAGCGACAAAGAAAAGUCUUUGUCGCUCAACGACGCUCUCUACAACCAUCUCGUGCUCCCUCCCCAACUCCCGCAAAGACAGGACUCCAAUCUCGACGAGCUCGAGAAAGCCCUCCUUAACCGACUCCUGGUUUCCGUGAAGCACAUGCGAGAUCUUCCCGGCAAUGACCAGAGUUACGUUUGGAGCUUGAUCGAACGAGGCCUUCGUGCUACCCAAAGCAUUCAUGCGGGAGGUUACGUCGACCGAACUGCACUCAUUCGAGAGCUCAACGAUUUUGGAGAGUCUGACUUUCUGGUCGUCUAUGUGCGGAGCCAGAACUGUGCUCUCUACAUCCGCCGUGCGCAAGAUGCUGUCUUUGGCGCCUCUGUCGUAUUCGAGGCCUUUGAGACUUCGGCGCGCAAUGAGGAUGUUCUAGCAACCGAAAAUGCGCUUCAGUGGGACUUUCCUGGAUGUGCAGUGGCAGUCCCCCUUGCCACAUUCCGCGAGAAUGGUUUCGUCUCCAACCUAGCCAAUUUCCUCGACAACGCUUCGCGAGAAUCACUCACAGAUUUCUCCGCACAAGCACUCAAAGCGGGAACAUCUAUGCCCGAGUUUCGCAACACAUCAGAACCUGCUCUUAUUUCCUCUAUGCUCAUGGCUAUUCUGCAACAAAACGGUCGCCGCCUCGCCCCAACUCUUCUGCAGAAGAUGGUUCGGGACGAUGUGCUGUGGAACAAUGCAGAAAGACCAUGGAAACGACUUCCUUAUUGGCUUGUGCUGCGAGUUACCAUCUCCCGCUACCUUGCUCAACGGUUGGGUGAAAUUGCGCGAGUUGAGUACAAGUUUUUGUUAGCUCAUCUCUUCAGUGAAUUUCUCACAAAUGUGCAGCAAUCAGGAGAAAUACGACUUGACCGUCUCGACUUCCUCAAGAAAAAGAUUUGCCGACGGCUAGUCAAGCUGGAAGUCGAUAAAGAUCGGUCUCAAGAUCUGGCCCAGAGAAUUGAGUAUCUAUUCACCCAACUCGGUCCCGGAUUACAGAAUUCAAUUUCAAAGACAAAUGCUUUCAUCCAAGUGUCGUGGAAGCACCAGAAGUUGACCAUGACUAAAACUAUCCCUCCGCUGCCGAAGCAAGCUUCUUUCGAGGAUAUGAAGCUGAACCUGAAGAUGAGCGGGAUUACCCUCAACAAAAUCUGGAGAGGCUAUUCAAGGCCUUUCAAGGUCAACACUGAGAGGCAAGGUACCACGAAUGUUGCACAGGCUGCCAAGCAGCAUCUUAGCUCGUUCGCCCUCGAGCACUUCAAGUUAAUUGACAAAGAACUCGCCAUCGCCAACCUUUGCCAUGAGCAAAGCCCCCUUCCACACAAAAAAGUCGUAGGCUCAGCUGCUUUGAUAAGUGAGUAUUUGCGACAAGCUUAUAGGGCCUACGAUGGCAUCCCUGAACUCAAAAGCUCACUGAUCUUGAACAUCAUGGAUCUGUGGGUUACCAUGGAUAAGGCAGCCUGUGCGAUGUACCCACUCCUCGGCGAAUUUCACCCUGCCUUUCGACCUGAGAUGCUUGAUGUUCUGCUACUUUCUACCUUCGAUGAUAUGAAGCGGCUACAGAAGAUACAGGUUUAUCUACAGGAUCGCAUCGCUGCUUGCCAAGGUUCAACAACCAGCAUUUUUGACGAUCCUGUCCGGGGAUCAUUUGGUCAUCGCUUCUAUGAUGACUCUGACAUGUCUGGUGAGAUGAACGACUUGCAUGAGUCAAUAGAGGCAUGGGCGACCCAUUUGCGAGACAGCAAAGAAAAGGAAUGGAAAACAAAAAGCGAAGAAUACUCAAGGCUAUCCAAAGUCAUCGAUGAGAGCACAUGUGUCUACAUGGUGGACGAGGACAAUCCCCACUUGCCCCCUUACCACGAUCGCGAUUGUCGUCGCUGCUACUUGAAGCGGCAGUUGAAGAGAAUUAGUAUUCAGGCCUACGAGCAUCCACUCCCUUCUGAUCCUCAUGUCGCAAAAGCUGUAGUUUUUGAGCUGCUUUGCCCUCAGACUUUGGCAAAAUAUCGAGAUGCUACAUGGACCGUUAUGUCGAUAGCCCUGCCUGCAGAGGAAGGUGUUGACCCGAAGUGCUGGGCGCGAGACUACCAACAACUACAGAAGUAUGCCAACGACUCAUCAAUGAGCUGCUCUCUGGCAUCAGUCACUAAACCUUGUAAGUAUUCAGACGACCGUUCACCCCUCAUGGCCACCUUUUAG